AUGCUCGUAAUCGCAGACCUUCUUGCUAAUACUAUCUCUGCUGAACGAGAACUUCGUGAAGAUGCUCAAAAUCAACUUCAACAGGCAGAGCAAACCAACUAUCCGGCGUAUAUUGCAAUGCUCCUUCAAGAGCUUGUUAAGGAACAAGAAACUUCUGUAGUUAAACCAGCUGCUGGAUUAGCUAUAAAAAAUUCUUUAGUAUCAAAUGAUCCUGUAAGAAAGAAUGAAUUAGCUCAAAGAUGGUUGUCAAUAGAUGAAGAAACAAGGAUACAAUUUAAACAGAUGUCAUUACAAGCAUUGACCCUUACCGAUAGUAAUAUUGCUGCACAGGUGGUUUCAGCUAUUGCUACUAUUGAACUGCCAGUUGGGCAAUGGGGAGAUUUAAUGAAGCAAUUAUUGGAAUAUGUCACCAAUACUGACAACACUCAAUUGAAAAUGUCAACAUUAGCUACUAUAGCUACUCAAUCUGGUGCAAUUCUUACUGCUGUUGUUUCUGGUGCAAGAAAAGAAGAGCCAAAUCAAGAUGUUCGUAAGGCUGCAAUAAAUGCCCUUUAUAAUUCGCUAGAAUUUAUCCGAGAGAAUUUUGAAAGAGAGGGAGAACGUAAUUAUAUUAUGCAAGUUGUAUGUGAGGCAACACAAAGUUCUGAUGUAAAUGUACAGGUUGCAGCUUUUGAAUGUUUAGUUAGAAUUAUGCAGAUAUAUUAUGAUAAAAUGAGAUUUUAUAUGGAAAAAGCAUUAUUUGGUUUGACUGUUCUUGGUAUGAAGCAUGAUGAUGAGAGAGUUGCUUUGCAAGCUGUAGAAUUUUGGUCAACAGCAGAAGAAACGGGUGAACCAUUAGAUCGUUUGAGUCAUAAUUUUGCAAAAGCAGCAUUACCAGAAAUAUUGCCAGUUUUACUUUGGCUUCUCACCAAACAAGAAGAAGCUGAUGAGGAUGAUUGGAGUGUUGCAAUGGCUUCAGGAACUUGUUUAGCAUUAUUAGCUCAAUGUGUUGAAGAUUCUAUUGUUGCGCCGGUGAUUCCAUUUGUAGAAACUAAUAUUCGUAGUAAUGAAUGGAGAUAUCGUGAAGCAGCUGUUAUGGCAUUCGGCUCUAUUUUGGAGGGACCUGAUCAUAAAAUGCUUUCCACUCUGGUCAACCAAGCACUACCUGUUUUGAUUGAAAUGAUGCGUGAUCCAUCACCUCAAGUUAAAGAUACUACAGCUUGGACUCUUGGACGUGUUUCUGAACUGUUGAUUGAUUGUAUUAAACCUGACAUUCAUCUCAAUCCUCUUAUUUCUUCUUUAGUCCACGGCUUAAAUGAUUCUUCACGUAUUGUUGCUAACUGCUGUUGGGCAUUAAUGAGUUUAUCUGAUCAAUAUGGAAGUAAAGAUACACCUCCGCCAUCAUAUCAAUUAUCAAGUUACUUUGAAGGCCUUAUAGCUGCUCUCAUGGAAGCUACUGAAAGAACUUCUGCUUAUGAAUGUAUUUCUACUUUGGUACAAGGAGCUGCAUCGGAUUGUUUCCCAACAAUUCAAAAAUUAACUGUGACCACACUUGAUCGUCUUGAUGCAACAUUUCAAGCACAGAUUGUAGGACAGGAUGAACGACUUGCACUUUCAGAACUUCAAUCUAAUCUUUGUAGUGUUUUGACAAGCAUACUUCGUAAACUUAAAACUGAAAUUCGUACAUUUGCCGACAGAAUCAUGUCAACCUUAUUAUCAUUGUUUUCUACUACAUCAAAACAAUCUACAACAAUAGAGGACGGUUUCUUGGCUGUUGGUGCCGUGACUCUUGUAUUUACUCCAUACCUUUGUGCUGCUCUACAAAAUCACGAAGAUGUUCAAGUCUGUUCAAUCGCAGUUGGUCUUAUUGGUGAUAUUUGUCGAGCUCUUGGGGAAGAUGCCUUACCUUAUUGUGACACCUUUAUGAAUGCUCUAUUACAAAAUCUUCAAACUCCAGCUUUACAUAGAAAUGUUAAACCAGUGAUCUUGUCUUGUUUUGGCGAUGUUGCACUUUCCAUAGGUAGUAAAUUCGAAGUGUAUUUGGAAGUGGUAAUGAUGGUCCUUGGACAAGCUAGUACUAUGAGAGCAUCUGAUAUGAAUAAUUAUGAUAUGAUAGAUUAUGUAAUAACAUUGAGGGAAUGUAUAUUGGAGGCAUAUGUUGGUAUCGUACAAGGAUUAAAAGCCGAAAAAGCUGAUUUAAUUCUACGAUAUAUUGAUCAAAUAUUUAAUUUUAUUACAAUGACUUGGAGUGAUGGCGAAAGAAGCGAUUCCAUUACUCGGAAUAUGAUAGGACUUAUAGGAGAUUUAGCAGAAACCUUCCAAAAUGGUCAGAUUAAACAAUAUUUCCAAAAUGAUUAUAUCGCAGCAAUAUUGAAAGAGGGAAGAAACAAUAGAUCCCUACCUCCAGGAAAAAAUACGGGUUUAAUAACUAUUGAAUUAACCCAUCCUUUAGAGAAUAAUUGA